CUUUCUGUUGUUGACCUGCAUUUCCGCAUCGAAUCCACCGCAGACCUGCUUUCUGAAUCGGAUUCUCGCUUCAAAUUCCACUGCCUACAUGGGCCUGUUUGGGAUCUGAAAGUCAAAUUAGAACAGGUGUAAGAGGAAGUCGACUUCCUGAGGAAGCACUUGUAGACGAAGCAAAGUAGAAGUAGAAGCUCCAACUAGGCCCUGACAAUGUCAAUGAAGAUGUUUGGCCUCGCUUAAAAGCGUGAUUUUUCCUGCUUUUGUGGGUAGUAAAAUAUAAUGUUCUACUAAGUUCACAGAACUUUUUGCAUUUCUGUCAUCAGGGAAUUGAUGUAUUUAUAAGUGCAAAGUUUCAGGAUUAAUGUUUGUAAAACAGGUUUGUGCAUGUAAAAAAAUCUGGAAAAUGAUGUUUGCAAGAGUCUGGGGUCAUUACCGGACGAUUAUGUCCAGGGCAGUGCGAAGUUGGAUCCCAAGAACCACCCUGAACACUCGGGAAAGAUUAAUUAUGAGUGCCUACAUACUGCAUUCGGGUUGUUGGACGCAGACAUUUUCAAUGACUCUAAGAUGCUGGAAAUUGAAAAGGGUGUGAAGGAACUUAACAUUCCUAUUACCAGAGCCAAUCGAAAAUUAGUUGCUUCCGUUAAUGGAGGAUUAGAGAAUCCAUCUUAUUUGGUUUUCAAUUCUGCAUGGAACAUUUGUCAUGCACGAAAUGCAAUUAAACAAUUCAAUUAUCCUGCUUUAUCUGGUGUACAAAGACACGGACGCGACGAAGAUAUUGCCUUUAUGAGUAUUCUUGAACUUGGACAACUUAUUAGGAGUAAAGUAAUUACAUCUGAGGAGCUUACUGGGAUCUUUCUAAAAAGACUAAAGAGAUAUGGCCCUGUCCUGGAAUCUGUUGUCACUAUCACGGAAGAAUUGGCUUACAAGCAAGCAAAACAAGCUGAUCAACUACUAGCAAAAGGAACUUAUUUGGGUCCUCUUCAUGGAAUUCCAUAUGGGCUUAAGGAUAUUAUCGCUGUACCCCAAUACAAAACAACUUGGGGCUCUGAAUCUUUUAAAGAUCAAGUGCUUGACAUUGAAGCUUGGGUGUAUAAAAGGCUUAAGUCUGCUGGGGCAGUUCUUGUCGGAAAGCUUGUGACGGGUUCACUGGCAUAUGAUGACAUUUGGUUUGGGGGUAGAACAAGAAACCCAUGGAAUAUUGAGGAAUACUCCACGGGUUCAUCAGCUGGGCCGGCGGCCUGCACCUCUGCUGGUAUGGUUCCAUUUGCAAUUGGUUCAGAAACUGCCGGAUCUAUAACUUAUCCUGCUGCCCGUUGUGGUGUGACUGCAUUGCGUCCAACUUUUGGAACUGUUGGUAGAACUGGCGUAAUGAGCAUAUCUGAGAGCUUGGAUAAACUCGGCCCUUUCUGUAGAAGUGCUGCAGAUUGUGCAGUUGUUCUGGAUUACAUCCGAGGUAAGGAUCCAGACGAUCUGUCUUCCCGAGACAUCCCUCUUGCUGAUCCAUUUGCUGUUGAUAUAACGAAGCUAACUGUCGGAUAUCUUGAAGAUGCUGAGAUGGAUGUUGUCCAGGUGCUUCGUUCAAAGGGUGUCAAUAUGGUUCCAUUUAAACUGAAUUAUACUGUGGAAUCUGUUCAAGGAAUCUUGAAUUUUACGAUGGAUGUAGAUAUGUUGGCUCACUUUGAUGAGUGGCAGCGGUCUCACCAGGAUGAUGAUUAUGAAGCUCAGGAUCAGUGGCCUCUUGAACUUCGUCGAGCACGAGUGAUAUCUGCCGUAGAUUAUGUUCAAGCACAGAGGACGCGUGGAAAACUAAUACGAGAAGUGAAAGAGAAUUUCAAAGUUAAUGCAUUCAUUGGAAAUGCAACCGAUUGGGAACGGGUUUGCAUGGGCAAUCUUGUAGGCUUUCCUGUAAUUGUUGUUCCAACUGGAUUCAAGAAAAUAUCUGAUGCCCCUUCAAAUGUUCCAACUGGAUUCAAGAAAAUAUCUGAUGCCCCUUCAAAUGAUACCCGGAGGAGAACUACAAAAACAAUGGGUAUUUAUGCACCACCAGACCAUGACCACGUAGCUUUGGCAUUGGCAAUGGCUUAUCAAUCGGUCACAGAUCAUCACAAGCAACGUCCACCAAUUGAUGACCUCGGGCCAAAUGAUUUGAUUCCAAACCCUCCCAGAGCUGUCGUGCCCCCAAGACAAUUGUUUUGAUAAAAUCACAGUUUUUCGUUUUUGGAAACUUACGACAGUUGCAUGUCUGGGAAUAUGUUAUAUGUUGAACUCAUUGCAUUUCAAUUUGAAGAAAAUCAGCUAGAAGUUGAUCUUCCAAUUCAUUAGAA